CAUUUUGUUGCUCUGUCAUUCCCAUUUGUGAAAUGAGAAGUAAUUAUCACAUUAAAUUCAUCUGAGUGACUGGGAAAGAUCCAUUAACUUUUUUCAUAAAAAAGACACUUCUUGUGAGACUCAUUUUCCUGGUAGGAAAUAUGUUGGAAAGGGCUGGGAGAGAUGAGCUGCUGUCUGUAACGUGGCCUGAUGCUUUUGUGCACUCCCUUAAAAGUUCCAAGUUUUAUCCCCUUUCUUAUGCUCUUAGAAUUUCUUUCUUCUCCUAGUCUUUAUUUUAAAGUUAAAACAUUUAUACUUUCUGUCUACAUGUACAUUUCUUUUGCUCAAAUGACAUUGGGAAACAAGAAAGAUGUUUCAUGUUAUCUGCACACAGUUUCAUUCCUAGGAAGCACAUGUUUCCACUGGAAUAUGGACAUGGAAUCCUCUCUUGCUCAUUAGCAACAUCAGGACUGACAUUUUUAUGGUGAGAAAGCUGUGCUGAGUUCUGAGAUCUUAAUUACAGAGAUAGCUUCAUUUCCAUUCCAUGUCAUGUUUAGGGAACUGUUGGCAUGUUACAGAGAAAAUGUAGACUAAAGGUGUUGGAAAAAGUCUGAAUUUGUUUUAUGUUGUUUUCCCUCUUGCAUUAUUAUAAAUAUAUUUUUAUCAGCAGGUCUGCUUUCAUUUUUAUUGAAUAACAGGCAAGAGCUGAUGAUGCUGUUGCAUCAAAAGCCUCUGCAGCAUUUUGGAUGCUGCUGAUGAGCUGCCUAUUGGUAAUCUAUAUUUAUGCAUUAAUAAAGAGCCUUGUUACUCUGAGUACCACAGAUCUAAGGAGUAUAAUUAGUUUGCUAUUAAAUAGGUAAAUACAUAAUUCUUUUAUAUAUUCAUGGAUAGAUGGCAAGACUAGAGAGACAGCUACUUUUUACAAAACAAAAGACUGAUAAUUUCAUUGAAUAGUUUCAUAUUCUACUCAAAAUCUCAGGAAGCUGGGGGAUUGCUCCCAGCCUAAUGGCCUAUGGAAAAGCUGUUUCUGUAGACUAGUUUCUGUCAAAAAGAUCUUAUGUAAAUGAUAUAUUUAGCAAUAUAUGACACAGCUCUGAAUUUUUGAGGGUGUUAGAUCUAUCCAGGAUUAAAUAAGUUGGGGAUUUUUUUCCUCAUAACAUUAAUAUUUAGAGGCUGACUGUUAUAUAUAUAUAAUUUAAAUAAAACACAGGAGAAACAUGAAACAAUAAAAAGGCUUUAGGACUUACUGGUUCUUCCUCAACUUUGUUCUGAAUCAGCUUAUUGUUAAAAUAUUAAUCUUUAAAUCAGCCACCCAAGAAAGGUGUCCAGAAAGGUGAUUGUGGCAUAUUUUACCAAGUUUUGUAAAUUGAAUUGAAAUUCAAGAAUUGUAACAGUGACCCCCAGAAACAAUUGCUGUCUGUUGGUUUGGGUGCUGGAUUUUUUUCUGAGUGUAUUUAUGAAGAGGAAAUCUGGAGAAGAAUAUCCAUUACGAAAUGCAAUUAAAGGGGAGGGACAAACAACAGCAACUUACUGCAAUUCUUGUAAAGAGCUUUGCUGAACCUCUGGGAAUAGAAGCCACUGAUGCUUCUGGUUCCAGAAUUGUUCUUAAUUAUCCUAUUGCUCUAUUCUCUGUUUUUCCAGUGAACUUCCCUUGGUUCUAAAAAUCAUCACAUUUUGCAGACAAAUGAAGUGGAGAAGCAAACUCUCAGAGCUUUGCAGUCCAGGCACCUUGGAGGAGGAAUAUCUGGCACCAAACUCCUGUAGAUCAGUGGGUGUUUGCUGAGACUGGAUUAUUUUUCAGAAGACAGGAUUUUUGCCAGUAUUUAGUGAUUCUAAGGAGACAAAGGAUUUGAAAGGCUGCUGGCCCAUCAUGUCCUCCAUUCUUGGGAAGAUGAAGAAGUUUGGCAGUUUUGACAUGGAGGAAUCUGAAGUGACAGAUGAACACACAGAUGGGGAGGACUCUGUCCAGGAAGCCCCUGACAACCCCCAGGGCCCGCUCAGCUCCAGGGUGCAGCCACCCAAAAGCAACAUUUUUGCAAGACGGGGCCGCUUUGUGAUGGGGGACAGCGACAAGGACAUGGCUCCCAUGGACUCCUUCUGCCAGAUGGAUCACCUGACAGCACCUUCUGUCAUCAAAUUCCACGUGAAUUCAGAGAGGGGCAAACUUCACAAGCUCCUAUCUACAGAUUCCAUCACAGGCUGCUCAGAAAAAGCUUUCAGGUUUUAUGACCGCAGGAGGAUCUUUGAUGCUGUAGCCCAAGGCAACACAAAGGACCUCAGUGACCUGCUACUCUACCUUAACAGAACCUUCAAGCAUCUCACAGAUGAGGAGUUCAAAGAGCCUGAAACUGGCAAAACCUGUUUACUGAAAGCCAUGCUGAAUCUACAUGAUGGGAAAAAUGAUACCAUUCCCUUGCUGCUGGAUAUUGCAAGGAAAACUGGAACUCUGAAAGAGUUUGUUAAUGCAGAAUAUACUGACAACUACUACAAGGGCCAGACUGCUCUUCACAUUGCCAUCGAGAGGAGGAACAUGUACCUGGUGAAGCUCCUGGUCCAGAAUGGAGCAGAUGUUCAUGCCAGAGCCUGUGGGGAAUUCUUCAGGAAAAUCAAAGGGAAAUCUGGCUUUUAUUUUGGAGAGCUGCCUUUGUCCCUGGCUGCCUGCACCAACCAGCUCUGCAUUGUGAAAUUCCUCCUGGAGAAUCCCUACCAGGCAGCCAACAUCACUGCUGAGGACUCCAUGGGCAACAUGGUCCUGCACACGCUGGUGGAGAUUGCAGAUAACACCAAGGAUAACACCAAGUUUGUGACCAAGAUGUAUAAUAACAUAUUGAUCCUUGGUGCCAAAAUCAAUCCCAUCCUCAAGCUGGAAGAACUCACCAACAAGAAAGGGCUGACUCCUUUAACUCUGGCAGCCAAAACAGGGAAGAUAGGGAUUUUCGCUUACAUCCUCAGACGGGAGAUCAAAGACCCCGAGUGCAGACACUUGUCCAGGAAGUUCACUGAAUGGGCCUAUGGACCUGUCCACUCCUCUCUUUAUGACCUGUCCUGUAUAGACACCUGUGAGAAAAAUUCAGUGCUUGAGAUCCUUGCCUACAGCAGUGAGACACCAAACCGUCACGAGAUGCUGCUGGUGGAGCCCCUUAACAGGCUGCUGCAAGACAAGUGGGACCGCUUUGUCAAGCACUUGUUUUACUUCAACUUCUUUGUCUACACCAUGCACAUCACCAUCCUCACUGCAGCUGCUUACUACAGACCUGUACAGAAGAAUGAAAAGCCUCCCUUCACCUUUGGUUACAGCACUGGGGAAUAUUUUCGAGUAACUGGAGAGAUCCUGAGUGUACUGGGAGGCCUCUAUUUUUUUUUCAGAGGGAUCCAGUAUUUCGUGCAGAGGCGCCCAUCACUCAGGACACUGAUAGUUGAUGGCUACAGUGAGGUUCUUUUCUUCGUCCACUCCCUGCUCCUGCUGAGCUCUGUGGUGCUGUACUUCUGUGGCCAGGAGCUCUACGUGGCUUCCAUGGUGUUCUCCUUGGCCCUGGGCUGGGCCAACAUGCUCUACUACACCCGUGGCUUCCAGCAGAUGGGGAUUUACUCGGUCAUGAUCGCCAAGAUGAUCCUUAGAGAUUUAUGUCGCUUCAUGUUUGUCUAUCUCGUAUUCCUCUUGGGAUUUUCUACAGCUGUGGUGACUUUGAUUGAAGAUGACAACGAGGGGCAGGAAACAAAUAUCUCUGACUAUGCCAGGUGCUGCCACGUGAGACGGGGCCGCACCUCCUACAACAGCCUCUACUACACCUGCCUGGAGCUCUUCAAGUUCACCAUUGGCAUGGGGGACCUGGAGUUCACAGAGAACUACAGGUUCAAGUCUGUGUUUGUCAUCCUGCUGGUGCUCUAUGUCAUCCUCACCUACAUCCUCCUGCUCAACAUGCUCAUUGCACUGAUGGGGGAGACCGUCAACAAAAUUGCACAGGAGAGCAAGAGCAUCUGGAAACUCCAGAGAGCCAUCACAAUCCUGGACAUUGAGAACAGCUACUUGAACUGUCUGAGGCACUCGUUCCGCUCUGGGAAGCAAGUCCUGGUGGGGAUCACCCCUGAUGGCCAAGAUGAUUACAGAUGGUGCUUCAGGGUUGAUGAAGUGAACUGGUCCACGUGGAACACUAAUCUGGGCAUCAUCAACGAAGACCCUGGGUACUCUGGGGACCUCAGACGAAAUCUCAGUUUCUCCAUUAAGCCUGGCAGAGUUUCAGGGAAGCACUGGAAAACAUUGGUUCCACUUCUAAAAGACGGAGAGAAGAGGAGAGAAGAGCCUCACAAGCCACCAGAAGAAGUCAAAUUAAAACCUGUUUUGGAGCCUUAUUUUGAGCCAGAAGAUUCUGAGGAGUUGAAAGAGUCAAUUCCAAAGUCAGCCUAAUUCUGAUUGCCUGUGCUGGUCCUCACGAGCAGGACAAUAGAGCACUUCAUUUACAGAAACAGGGACUUCUGGAAAAAGGUCAGAGCACUUAGGGAAUUACCAUGAGCAAGGAUUUAUUUAUUACACUAAAUGUGCUAAAUAAACUAUUUGUUGUUUAAGCUCAUGUCUUCAUGGUUAUUUUUAAAUACAACCUUCUGUCUGUUUUCAGAGUCUCUUGUAUUAAAAAAUCAUUUUUGUGAGCAU